AGGAGACACCCAGGAUCACGUCAGGAUGAUCUUUGUUUUCCCUCCAGGUGUGGCAGGUGAGGCGGAGCUGCAGGUGAUCCAGCCUGAGAAGUCAGUGUCUGUCGCAGCCGGACAGACAGCCACUCUGCACUGCAGUGUGACCUCCCUGUUCCCCUUUGGGCCGGUUGAGUGGUUCAGGGGAACAGGGCCAGCCCGGGAGUUAAUCUUCAGUUUCAGAGGAGGCCGCUACCCCCGAGUGACAAAUGUUGCAGAUACCACAAGGAGAAACAGCACGGACUUUUCCAUCCGCAUCAGUAACAUCACCCCAGCAGACGCUGGAACCUACUACUGUGUGAAGUUCCAGAAAGGGAGCCCUGAUGUGGAGUUUAAGUCUGGACCAGGCACUCAACUCAUAGUGAGUGCCAAACCCUCUCCCCCCGUGGUGUCGGGUCCCACGGCCAGGGCCUCGCCUGAGCAGACAAUGAACUUCACCUGCAACUCCCAUGGCUUCUCCCCCAGAAGCAUCACCCUGAGAUGGUUCAAAAACGGGAAUGAGCUGGCAGCCUCCCAGACCACCGUGGACCCAGAGGGAAACAGCACUUCCUACAGCGUCUCCAGCACAACCAGGCUGGUGCUGGCCCCGGGGGACGUUCGCUCCCAGGUCAUCUGCGAGGUGACCCACGUGACCCUGCAGGGUCCUCCUCUUCGUGGGACUGCCAACUUGUCUGAGGUCCUCCGAGUUCCGCCCACCUUGGAGGUUUCCCAGGAACCCGUGGCAGGGGACCACGUGAAGGUCACUUGCCAAGUGAAGAAGUUCUACCCCCAGCGCCUACAGCUGACCUGGCUGGAGAACGGAAACAUGUUCCGAACAGAAACGGCCUCGACGGCCUUGAUGGCCUCGAACCUCAUAGAGAACAAGGAUGGGACGUUUAACUGGACGAGCUGGCUCCUGGUGAACUCAUCCGCCCACAGGGAAGAUGUGGUGUUUACCUGCCAGGUGCAGCAUGACGGGCGGCCUGCGGUCACCAAAAACCAUACCCUUGUGGCCUCUGCCCCCCAGAAGGACCAGGACCCAAGGCUAUCUACUCCACUCCUGGUCGCUGUCACCCUGGGCCCAAAGCUGCUGCUUCUCAUCAUGGUCUCUGCCAUCUUUGCCCAUAAGAAGCAAGGGCCUGCCUGUCCUACCUUCCUCCCCUGCUACAUGCCACCCUCAGACUCUGCUGCCUGCUCCAUUCCCUGAUGGGCCCAGCCUAAGAGAAGGAACAACUAGAAGCUUCCACAAUUCUGCCCCAAAGGCCUUGCUCCCCCCUGAGACCCACCUGCCCACAGCUCCUGCUGCUCCUUCUCAGAGUCCUUGAUGCCCCAGAGCUGGGUCUUCAUACCAGGUCCUCAGCAGAGGCCAUGGGAACUUGCUCUGGGGACUGAUGCAUGGAUCUCUGCCUGAAAUGUGAGAAACAAGUCACAUCUACACGGACCAGGUAUCUCUCAUCCAUCUCCUGGGGACCAUGGCCAUGAACUACACACUCAUGUCCAUGUUCUCAGGAGUUAUUCCUGCCAAGCCCCAGCCUCCCCAGCCUUGGUGAGGUUCUCCAUUGGGUCUUAAAUAGAAUGCAUCCCAACCUGGUUUGCAGAGGAGAAAUGAUUCUCCUUCUUUGCCUACAUGUGCUACUCACAGUCCCGGAGGGAAGAUUCCCUCCUCCCUGUGAUGGGAACACUGCUCUUCUGUCCCCUUCAUCCUUCCCGACCCCACUGCUCGUGUAUUCUAGUUGGCAGUCCAGAAGCCUGGAGCCAUCCUUAAAAUUCUUUCUUUAUAUCCCACAUUCAAGUCUGCCUUCAGAAUGCUGUGUUCAGUGGUGAGAUGGUAUACAUGAAACAAUCCACUCUCAGAAAGGAAAGAAGCCUGACUAGUGGUGCUUGUGGACUUCUGUGGUGUCAACACUCCCAAUGUGACCAAUUACAAGCUAACAGUGUUUAACAACUCACUUGCAAAAUUCCUGAAAAGCCUCUCAGAAGUGAGUGCAAGGCUCCUCCCACACCCCAGUGAGCUCCACCCAGAAUCUACACACUGCUCACUCCCAGGGCUGCUCCCUGGUCUCAGCCACCAGCAUCCCUUCCUGGACUAUUGCUUUUUCUCUAACAGGCUCUCCAGUUUCAGCCACAGUGAUUCUAUGGAAAUGGAAGUCAAACUGUGUCUCUCCUCUGCUUCUUCCCCCUACGAACCGGCAUGGCUCAUCUCUCCCUCUUUCAAGCUCUGCUGACAUGUCACUUUAUUAAAAGUCCCUUCCAUAAACCACCCUACAUAAAAUAUCAGUUCCUCUCUCUCACUCUGUGUUCCCACAGCUCAUAACCUAAUUAGAUUGUUUCCCUAGAACUUAUGAUUAGCUGACAUGAUAAGUGGAGGCAGUUUUCACUUUGCACAAUAGUGCAGGAUAGAACAAUGAUGGUGUAGCUGAAACCAUGCAAAGUGAUCUCAACAAUCAGUGGGAGUUAACAAUUUUUCUAUGACUUUUAAAAACUUUUUUUCAAAACACAAAAACUCUCCAACUGUCAAUUAUGAAUGUAUAGGAAAAAAAAAAACAAUAGACCAUUAUUUAUUUGGUGUACUGUCAUCUCAAAUAUUAGAAACACGGAAAAGGUAAGCAUUUAAUUUUUUUGUAAAGACUCAUCAAGAAUAGUUUGCACAGUGCUUACCUUCUUCUGAUCGCAAAGUUGACCAUAUAGACCAGUAUCUGAAUUACCUCACUCCAGUCUCAAAUAGGAUCAGCAUCCAACAUUCUAUCCCUUGCACUUUCAAUGUUGUGAAACCCUUACAAUAUUAAUUUGAAUAUUUCUGGUGUCACAUCCUCUGGGACAGUUUCACCCCCCCUCCCCAUCUUGUUCUCCAGUGAGGUGGUAAGAUUGCCUCACUCUGCUCCUGUGGCUGCAUAUCCACAAUCUGGGGACCAGAAUCCCAGUCACCAUUCCCAUGGCAGCUAUGCCUUCAUGAGCCCCACUCACAUUCAGUUUGAACUUCACCUCCAGUCUCAUCUCUUCUCAUUUCUACAUCACACUUUCAGCUUUGUGCCAAUUCCCUUUUGCCACUAUUCACUUUUGUACAAUGUCCCCUGGGUUCCUCGCUGGGAGACCAGGAGACAACACAACCACCUGCAUUGCUGUCUGUGGGAAAGUGAGUAACGGAGUCACAGAGAACCACCACUACAGGCUUUGAAAGAUGUGAUGCUUACUUAUGGGGAUGAGCACCCGUUAGUCGUAUAGGGAUUGGUGGCCUGAAGAAGAGCUGGCAGCAAAGUUUGUACUUGAUGCAAUUGCUCAUGGAAAAUUCCUCAUGGUAAAUGAAACUGGAAUCACGUGUUGGGGGACUGAUGUUAUUUAACUGACCUAUGGCAACUAAAUUCGUGCACAUCAACACCAUGCAAACUGAGAACUGCCUGUUGUGUGUGCUUGUCUCUUCCUCAAAUAGGAUGUGGACUCUGACAGAGAAGGGACUGUCUGUGUCCGCAGUUGUCAGAACAAUGACAGCCAUGAGUUUGGCCAUCAUAUUUUAAAAAAAUAAAUUGGGGACUACUUCAUUGAAAACAUCAGUUUCUACCAGAUGUUGGAUAUUAAAAUACCAUUUCACUUCGUUCAAAGCUGGUACAUGUACCUAAAACCGUUUCAUUAAAUACUACUCUCACUUCUUUGUGUUUAAAAGUUCUAUCAGAAAUUCAUAUGCUCCAGAAAGUAAGCAAGUGGAUUUUCAAAAAAUGAAACAAUAACCCACUGAUUGGAGUCUGUCAAACAGAUACAGGAACCUCCUGGAAGAGCUCCCACUGGCCAAGGUGCAAGAGUUUGAGCAACAAAUAAGUGAUGUCUGGUUCUGCUCUGGUCUGAAUGUUCUUGUCCCCACAAAAUUCAAGUGUGAGAAUCCUCAAGCCCACGUGACGGUGUUAGCCGGUGUGGCCUCCAGAAGGUGAGGAGGGCAUGAGUGCUCCACCCUCAUGAGUGGGAUGAGCUCCUAGAGAAGAGGCCCCCCAGGGUUUCCCAGUCACUUUGGCCACAUGAGGACACAAGGAGAAAUCUGUAGAUGGCCCUUUCCCAACCGGGCUGGCUCCAUGAUUUCAGACUCCAGCCUCUACAACUAUGAGCAAGAGCUUUCUUUUGAUUAUUAGCCACCCAGUCCGGGAUACUUUGUUGUAACUGCAUGAAUGUCUAAGACUGAUUAUAACCGCUCACGUAAAAUAAAUAUCUUUGAGCCCAUAUUGAUAUAAAUUAAUAACUGAAUAAAUUACUAAAUUGAGAAGAGAAGAUGUCCUGUGCAGAGAAGUCCCAAAUGAUGUAUGUGGAUACUUCACUUAAGGAGGGGAUCCUAACUGACCACUCCUGGAGUGUAGGCACUUGUGGUGAUUCCCCUCCAAAGAGGAGAGAAUGGAAAGGAGGGAAAAAAAGUAACUACAGAGGGGACACCUGACAAAUACAGUGCAGCCAGGUGAUCACGAGUUCACCAACAAUCAUAAACCACUGCCACAGUGUGUAUCCUGGAUUAAUGUGAUGAAAGCGGUACUUUUCCUCUGUGACCUUCCUCUCCAAACCCAUCACCGCAGUCUGCUUAUGAGAUAAGGAUCCUACAGAUUACAAUGAGGCACAUUCCACGAUAUAGGUGAGCAGCAGUCCUCAAAACUGUCAGGCCAUCACAAGCCAGGAAUGUCUGAGAAGCUGUCACAGCUGAGAGGAGCCUAAAGAGACAUGACAAGUAAAUGUAAUGUGGUAAUCUGCAUGGAAUUCUGGAACAGAAAGGGACAUGGGGUAAAAACUAAGGAAAUCCUUUCAGGACUGAAUUUAUUUCUCCAAAGUUCAAAUGUUGAAAUCUGAAAUCCAGCGUGAUGGGAUUUGGAGGUGGGGUCUUUGCAGAUAAUGAGGUCAUGAGGGUGGAGUCCUCAGGAAUGGGAUCAUUGUCCUCACAAAAAGAGACUAGCCAGCCAGCUCACCCCAUCCACCAUGCGAGAAUACAAGUAGUUGGCGGUCUGCAAUUGUAAAGCGCGUUCUCAUCACAAUCCAAGCAUCCUGGCACCCUGAUUUCAGACUUCCAGCCUUUGGGACCUUGCGAACUAAGUUCCUGUUGUUUCAAGGCAUCUGGUUUAUGGUGUUUUAUUAUAGCAGCCCAAGCUAAGACAAAAUCAAAAUAAACUAUGUAUUUUGGUUCAUAAGGAUGUACCAAUAUUGGUUCAUUAACUAGAACAGAUGCACCAAAUUACUGUAAGAUGCCAAUAAGAGAGAAAACUGUAUUCAGCUAUAUACUGGAACUCUAUACUAUUGUCCCAAAUUUCAUCUAAAUGUAAAACUGUUCCAAAAAAGUAACUCUAUUUAAAACAAAAUGUCAACAUCCUGUCCUCAGCUCAAUGUCUGCCUCUUAUGCCCCUUUGGGGGACAAGGCAAAGAAAUGUGUGGUGGAGAGAUUUCCGUGUUUCUAUACCCAGGUUUUAUGUCACUUCACAAGUCUGAGGUUCCUUCUCUUCUUUCCUCUGUCCCCUGCUAGAGCUCACUCCAGAGCCAGGCACUCAGAGAUUCA